AUGCAUAGCCGAGCGGCUAAGGCGGUCGGCUUCCGUACCGUUACACUCCAAGCUUGCGAGGCGCACGGUUCAGCGCGGCCCCCGAAGCAAGAGUUCAAGUAUAGCGUGCACGAGGUGCUGGAGGGGUUCUACUUGAGGGGGCUGGAAGCCAGGAGGGCAUUUGGGAAGGCUUUUGGGUGCUUCUUGGAGAAUCCCCCGGACGACCUGAAGCCGAGUGUUGAGCUCUUGCGGAAGGACGGCGGAUCCGACUACGUGUGGGACGGGUCCGUCUACGGGCGUCACCGGUGCUUCCGAAUGCUCAGGUCCUCCAAGUUUGGGGACCGUCUUCGCUCCCUCAUCCCCUCCGAGGGCAGCUCUGAGGCGAUCGCUGACCACCUUGUUUGUCUUUACACGGAAGCGGAGCUGGCUGGUUCCACCGAGAUCAGCGCCGACCUUCUCAGAGAGUGGGCGUCCGCGCGGCGCGACCCUCUUGCCCCGGCCCGCGUGGGGGCCUUCCGGCAGAGCGCGCUCGCCCUCGACGAGGCGAGCACCUCGGAGGGGCCCGGCGAGGACCUGAGCGCGCAAGAGCGCGCCAUCCUCCUCGCCCGCUACCAGGAGGACCACGCAGGGGCCGAGACCGGGUGGUGCAGGAGCGGCCGGGGCUUUUCUUCGUCCACUUUCGCGCGCCCCAGCCCACGUGUUGCAUUGCGGGCAGGCGCCACACGUCCCCAGGCAACCAGAACCCGGGCGAGUGCCGGGUGCUACCCCUGGAUGUCCGCACCGCGCUGGGCUGGACAGACUCGGGACUACGAGGAGAAUCUGAAGAUGCGCCCUUACCCCGUCUUCGAGCUCGCCCGUCUUCGCAAACGCACCAUCCUGGUGUCCGCCAAAAAGGGGGUCGGGAAGUCGAAGGGUUUCAUGGAGUGGCUGGUGGCCAUAGUAGUCAGGAGAAACCCCGGCCUCUCCUUCGUCCUGAUCGGGGCCAACAUCUCGCUGUCCCGCAAGUACCAUCAAGAUCUGGUGGACGCGGGCGUUCAAGGCGUGGUGCUGUACCUGGAGGCGCCCCCAGGGCCAAUCACUGCCUCUCGUGCCGUGGUCUGCAUCAACUCCAUUCACCGCGUGCGCGCCAAAAUGGACGUCGUGGCGUUGGACGAGAUGGACAUGGUGCUCACCAACCUCAACUCUGAGGUCAUGAGCCAACGGGGCCGGGUGCUGUCCUGCUUGGAGGCGGCUGUGGCGGGGGCGAAAGUCGUCAUCGGCAUGGACGCCAACAUCGACUGCGCGCGAGUGAUGGAGUACCUCUUCAUGGCGCGGCCGGAUGGGGUCCUCCACACCAUCCGGAACAGGGGCCUGUACCCGGCCAAGCGGCAAGCGACCAUCCGGAUCUUUCCGCCAGGGAGCGGGCUGCUCGACUGCAUCGGCGCCGCAGUACGGGAUGUGCUGGACAGGGUCGCUCGAGGCACGAAAGUCGUCUGCCCGUCGACCUCCAAGCGCUUCGUGAAACACCUCGAACACGAUUUCAACGUCGAGAACCCACCCUCCGAGUCCGAUCGACGCGGCGUUUUCCUGCACGCCGACAAGAGGUCGAAAGCCGACGAGGAGUUCUUCCAGAAGGCGAUGGCCGACCCUGACACCUACUUGGAAGCGGAGUGUGUGGCUUUUUCUCCAAAGCUCGGCCCAGGUGUUUCGAAAGAGAAGCCGUACGCUGAGGAGACGGUCGCCUUCGCCCUCAACAACCUCAACGGCCCCGCCUUUGAGACGCUGCUCCAGCAGCAUGCUCGCUUCCGGACGGUCACUAACUCCACCAUCUACUACAAGCAGGCGGUGAGCACUGCAGUGGACCUGCCGCGCUCUACAGAGGCGGUCUUUCAAGCCAUCGAGCGGGACGACAAGCAGAUCGUCAAGAUGCUCGGCGACGCGGCCGGCUUCCAGUUCCUGAGGGGUUCGCAGGGCAUCUGCGACCGCUCCUCGGCGAGCUGCGUCUUGUACGCAAACAACAUUCUGGCCAAGGUGGAAAGCUAUCUGGAGUACGUGCCGAAGCUGAAGGCCGACCUCGAAAAGCAGGGCUACGAGGACGGCGUCGGGAGCCCGCCCCCGGAGGUGCCCCUCGGCUUCGACGCGGAGCCGGAGCUCCUGACCGCCGAAGAGUGGCGAGCAAAGUACAUCAUCAGCUCGGAGCAGUACGAGAUCCUGUGCGAAAGGCCUGAGAACCUGAGCCCAAAGGAGCAGCUCCAGGAGUUUCUGUUCGAGAUGGUCACGAAGGAGUACAAGGUCGACCCCAGCCGGGUUGAUCACGACUUCUACACCCGCUUUUGCGCUGACGAGGACGAGGCGAAGGCGACAAGAGAGGCCCACGCAAACUAUCUCAGGUUUCGUGAGCACCGCUUCGAUGCCCUCGUCGCGGACCUGGACAGAGCACGUGGGCAUGCCAACGAGGAGGGCGUGGUUCAGGAGUCCGUUCAGGAAAUGCGCGACCCUGCCAGCCGUGUGCCGUUUGCGGUGCGCGUGCUUGCCUUUCUCGUUGAAUGCAGGGAGGAGCAGCUGAAUCAUGAGGCGGAGCGGUGGGAGGUCUCGGAUGAGCGCGUUCAGGCUGCCUAUGCGGAGCACAUCGGGCCCAGCAAGACCCGGUUGAAGACCAUCUUCAACCUGUAUUGCUUUGUGCAGCAGACCUCCAGACCCUCGCAGGCUGCCAAUGGAAAGGUGAGGGAGAAGAAAGCUCGG